AUGGCUUUGACAUCAUGGAAAGCGUUCAACUUUGUCGACGUCUCCCCCGUCAAGGUUCCGGAGGACAGCUCUGCGCUGUUCGGGAGCGAUCUCUCUAGUCUCUGCACCGGAUCCUCGAACCUAUUCCUCGGCACCAACGAUGGCUUCGUUCAUAUCGUCACCUCGACCUUCCGCGUCAUUCGCUCGUUCAAGGCGCAUGAUGCCGGCUCGAUUCGACAUAUGAAACAAAUCAAUGGCACUUCCUUGCUCGUUACGGUUGCGGAGGACCUCUCAAAUGAGCCGGUGCUAAAAGUCUGGGCAUUGGAUACGGAGCUUAAGGACGGAACACCUCGCUGUCUAUCGACAGUGUCAGUACAGAAUGCUAGGCGGCAGUUUCCGAUAUCGGCCUUUGCAGUUGUAGAAGACCUUUCGCAGGUUGCGGUUGGAUUCGCCAACGGCUCUGUGACGAUCAUCCGGGGUGAUCUGAUUCACGAUCGCGGGGCGCGGCAGCGGAUUGUUUUUGAGUCAGAGGAGCCGAUCACCGGCCUGGAGACCCAGAGUGGUGCCGUAACGGCACUUUACAUCUCGACAACAAAUCGAAUCUUGACACUGGUCAUCGCAGGGAGGGGACAGGGUCAGCCGGCGCGGAUUUUGGAGGACACGGGCUGUGGUUUGGGUUGUAUGACUCUGGAUGGUGAAACUGGGGAUAUUCUCAUCGCGCGAGAGGAUGCAAUUUACACAUACGGUCCCCGUGGUCGAGGUCCCAGCUACGCUUUCGAGAGUUCCAAGACUUCCAUCAAUUCCUUCCGAGAUUAUGUUGCACUGGUUUGUCCACCAAGGCCUGAGUCCGGCAAGGGUGAGACACUUCGGAAGUAUGGUGUUAACCCCGGAGGUGACAUCUUGGGUGCUACGACAUUCACAUUGUUGGAUACCGAUCUCAAGUUCAUUGCGCAUAGCGAGGCGUUGGUUGCGCCUAUGAAGUACAUUUUCAUGGAAUGGGGGGGAUUUGUUUCUGCUCACAACAGAAGGAAAGGUUUUCUUGCGUAUUUAUCCCGAUUUGUGCAUUUUUCUAACCUCGCCCAGAUAUUUCGCUAUCGGGAAAAGAGCCUCCAACAGAGGCUUGAGAUUCUGUAUGAGCGCAACCUCUACAUACUUGCCAUCAACCUCGCGCAGAAGAUCGGCAUCAACACUCUGCAGCAGAACGCAAUUUAUCGCAAAUAUGGCGACUUCUUAUACCAGCGCGGUGACUACGAUACGGCAAUGCAACAAUAUCUCCGGGCGAUUGACAAUACCGAACCAUCACAGGUUAUUCGCAAGUACCUUGACACCCAACGCAUCCACAACUUAAUUGAAUAUCUGGAGGAAUUACACGAUCAUGGCCGUGCGACAGUCGACCACACGACUCUUCUUCUCAACUGCUAUGCGAAGCUCAAAGAUACAAGCAAACUGGACUCGUUCAUCAAAGCUCCUGGCGAGCUGAAGUUCGAUCUGGAGACCGCUAUUGCGAUGUGCCGACAAGGUGGAUACUAUGAACAGGCUGCUUACCUGGCCACAAAGCACGGCGAAAAUGAUAUGGUCGUGGACAUCCUGAUUGAAGAUUCAAAGAAAUAUGCUGAGGCCGUUGAAUAUAUUUGGAGAUUAGAGCCUGAAGCGGCCUAUCACAACUUGAUGAAAUAUGCCCGAGUAUUACUUGCUCACUGUCCUGAGCGGACGACCGAAAUCUUCAAGAUCUACUACACUGGUCAAUACCGACCACGCACAGAGGUGGCUGAGGUCGAACCGCAAGAACAGCAAACGAGCACAGUACAGAGUCUUGCCAAUCUUUUGCCAUUGCGCUACGUGACUGGUGGUGGAGGAACUCAAACUCAACCACCGAUACCCGAAACAGACCCUAUCAACCGAGAAGCGGAGGCAGAUUCAGCACAACAGUAUCAGGUUCCCAGGCCACGUACAGCUUUCUCCGCUUUCGUGGACCAUCCGAAUGAGUUUAUCGGUUUCCUGGAGACGCUCACAGAACAACCUGGUCUCAAGCAAGAUGCCAAGGUGGACCUCUUUACCACGCUGUUUGAGAUGUAUCUAGACACCGCGAAAAGCAGGAAGGACGCGGCUGAAAAACAAGAAUGGGAGAACAAAGCCAAGAAACUCAUUGAAGGGAAAGAUAUCCCCAUCUCGACUUCGAAUGUCCUUCUGCUCUCCGACCUAUCCAACUUCCGCGAGGGCUCCACACUUGUGCGCGAGCAAGAAGGCCUUCGCCUCGACAUCUUCCGCUCCUUCACCUCGGCCAAGGAUACACAGGGUGCCAUCCAAGCAUUGCGUCGCUAUGGACCCGAUGAGCCGCAGCUAUACAUCGACGCGCUAACAUAUUUCGCCUCCAGCCCACAGAUCCUCGAGGAGGCAGGCGACGAGCUCGACGCCGUUCUCCAACGUAUUGAUCAAGACGGUCUUCUCUCCCCACUUCAAGUGAUCCAAGCCCUGAGCAACAACGCAGUCGUUACAAUGGGCCGUGUAAAGAAGUAUCUCAGCACAAACAUUGACCGUGAACACAAGGAGAUCUCAACGAACCGCCGUCUAAUCUCAAGCUACAAAGCCGAAACAGCCGCCAAGCAACAAGAGCUCUCAAACCUCUCUUCCCAACCCGUCGUCUUCCAAUCUCGCCGCUGCCAAUCCUGUGGCGGAACCCUCGACCUACCAACAGUCCAUUUCCUCUGCCGCCACUCCUUCCACGAGCGCUGUCUCAACAAUGUAGACGACGACGCCCAGUGUCCCGUCUGCGGUCCGCAGAAUUCUACGCUCCGCGCCAUUCGGCAGCGACAGGUUGACUCGGCGGAUCAGCAUGAUCUGUUUAAGGCGGAGUUGUCGCGGUCGAGGGAUCGGUUUGGCGUUGUUAGUGACUUUUUUGGGAGGGGAGUUAUGAGGUCGCAGGCGACGAUGGAUGAGGUGUAG